AUGGCCUUCGCCUUCAUGCAGCGCCGCGUGGCCAUCGUGUGGGUCUUGUCCUUGUUGACCAUCCUCCUGUUCUUCGUCUUCCUGCACCGGGAUGCCGCCAUAUCCAAAGCCGCGAGCUGGGGCUUCCCCGGCAUGGCCGACACGGACGAGUCCCUCGCCUCGACGUCUGACCCGUCCCCCGCCUCUACGUCCGAUCCGUCACCCCUGCCACCCCUCUUCUCGACCUGGACCGACGACGUGCGCCGCGUCGCCAUCCUCGAGACGGGCGGGACCCACGAUGAGGUGACGGCCGCGCUGGUGCACGCCUUCGGCGGUGUGGACAAGGUGGAGCUGACGAUGAUGCUCAAGCGCCAGCGCUACAAGAUGGAGGACAUCAUGGCCGCCUUCGACCUCGUCUCCCCCGUCAGCAAGGUGGCCUCGUCCGACGACUUUCCCGGCCUGGUGGGCCACACCGACAGGCCGCAGGCCCACGUCCUCGUCUCCACCACCUGCCUCCUCGACACCAGCGUCCACCCGGCCGCCUUCCGACGCAUCCUCGACAGGACCGACACCCACCUCAUCUGCCUCGUCCACCACGCCGACCGCUGGGAGGAGGGCGAGUCCAUCGACCUGAUCCGCGACUUCGCCGCCCAGGGCCGCGCGGACUUCCUCGGCCUCAGCCCCCACACCGUGCAGUACCUGCGCGACGUCACCCUGAAGAAGUGGGGCACCCAGGCCGACGCCGUCACCACCCGCGUCCUGCCCCCCGUCUUCCCCGUCGCCAGCCUCCCGGAACCCCACGGGUCCGCCCUCGGCGCCGGCGGCAUCAACCUGGCCCUGCAGGGGGACUACUCGUCCGGCCGUCGCGACUACGUCCACACCUUUGAGCAGCUGGCCGGCCUGAUGGACGAGCUGGCCGGGAAGAAGAGCGACGGCGUCGACCAGACCGAGACGGACGAGAAGGGCCAAGAGAGGGGAGACACCGUCACCCUCCACCUCAUCGGCCACGGCAACAAGCCCGACGUGCCCGACAACCUGACCGGCAACGUCGUCUUCGACGAGGACCUCUCGUACCCGGACUUCUACCGCGUCCUGUCCGAGGCCUUUGCCGUGCUGCCGGCCUUCGCGUCAGACGAGUACCUCGACCGCAAGGCCUCGUCCACCGUCCCCGCCGCCCUGAUCGCCGGCGCACCCAUGGUCGCCACCCAGGCCAUCCUGGACGCCUACUCCUACCUGCCCCGCGACGCCGUGUGGCUCUCCGAGCCUGACGAGGACGAGAUGGACACGAUCCGGAGGUUCAUCGGCGACGAGGCCGCCUACCUCGAGAGGGCUACCAAGAUGCGCGAGGGACGCGCUCGCAUCCUAGAGGAGAAUCGUGUCCAUGUAGGGGAGUGGAUCGAUGAGAUUCUGGCAAAGAAGCCUUGA